CUGUGUGGCAAGCAGACCUGCGGCCACCUUCUCUCAUUUUUUCUUCUCUUGUACUCCAAUUUCCAUCUCAAAACACAAAAUAAUGGAUCCAAAAGCCAUUAAGGAGGAACUGCGGCUUUUCCAGAGCACCUUGCUUCAGGAUGGGCUGAAGGAACUCCUGAAUGAAAACAAGUUUGUGGACUGUACUUUGAAAAUCGGUGACCGCUGCUUUCCUUGCCACCGUUUGAUAAUGGCCGCCUGCAGCCCCUACUUCAGAGAGCUCUUCUUCUCCGAGGAUGGCAAGGAGAAGGAAAGUGGUAAGGAGGUUGUUCUGGAUGAUGUAGAUCCCAACAUCGUGGAAAUGAUCAUCCAGUACUUGUACUCCGCUGAGAUUGACUUGACGGAUGACAAUGUUCAGGAGAUAUUUGCAGUGGCGAACCGUUUCCAGAUCCCCUCAGUGUUUACAGUAUGUGUGAAUUAUCUCCAGGCGAAGCUGUCCUUGUCCAAUUGUCUUGCCGUCUUCAGGCUUGGCCUGGUCCUCAGCGUGCCCAGGCUUGCCAUAGCGGCACGCGACUACAUCAUCGACCGCUUUGAAACCGUGGCUGCUGAGGAGGAGUACCUUCAGCUGGCACCCCACGAACUCUUGGCCCUAAUUGGCGGAGAUGCCCUCAACGUGGAAAAAGAGGAAGUCGUAUUUGAGUCGGUGAUGAAAUGGGUGCGUAGCGACAAGGCGAAGCGUGCCAAGAGUCUGGGGGAGGCGUUUGAGUGCAUCCGCUUCCGUCUGCUUCCUGAAAAGUACUUCCGGGAGAAGGUUGAGACUGAUGACAUAAUAAAGGCUGAUCCAGAACUCUUGAAGAAGCUACAAGUCAUUAAAGAUGCCUUCGGAGGAAAACUUCCAGAGAAGAAGAAGGCAGAGAAGAAGGAAGGAGAGGUAAAUGAAGAGGAGGAAGAGGAGUUGUUGCCAGGGUACUUAAAUGAUAAUCGUAGAUUGGGGAUGUACGGACGAGACCUGAUCCUCAUGAUAAAUGAUACGGCAGCUGUGGCAUACGAUGUGGUAGAGAAUGAGUGUUUUCUGGCUGCCAUGUCCGAGCAGGUGCCAAAGAACCAUGUGAGUCUUUGCACCAAGAAGAACCAGCUUUAUAUUGUCGGUGGCCUGUUUGUUGAUGAAGAAAGCAAAGAGUCUCCUCUGCAGUGCUACUUCUACCAGCUGGACAUUCUUGCGGCUGAGUGGAGGGCCAUGCCACCUAUGCCCAGCCCCCGAUGCCUGUUCAAUUUGGGUGAAUGUGAGAACCUUCUAUUCGCCAUCGCUGGCAAAGACCUGCAGACAAACGUGUCUCUUGAUUCUGUCGUGUGUUAUGACACUGAAAAGAUGAAAUGGAGUGAGACCAAGAAACUUCCUCUGCAUAUUCACGGUCACGCAGUUGUCUCACAUAACAACCUGGUGUAUUGCAUUGGAGGAAAGACAGAUGACAACACAGUAAUCAAUAAGAUGUUUAUGUACAACCACAAGCAGUCAGAAUGGCAGGAACUGGCAGCUAUGAAGACGCCCAGAGCGAUGUUUGGUGCUGUAGUUCAUAAGGGGAAAAUUAUCGUAGCUGGUGGAGUGAAUGAAGGAGGUCUAACAGCUUUAUCUGAAGUCUACGAUUUUGGAACAAACAAGUGGGACACAUUCACAGAGUUUCCUCAGGAGCGCAGCUCUGUGAAUCUCGUGAGCACUGGUGGAAACCUCUAUGCAAUUGGCGGCUUUGCAAUUGUAGAGCUGGAAGACAAAAACAUUGGACCCUCAGAGCUCACUGAUGUCUGGCAGUAUGAAGAGGAUAAGAAGGCAUGGAGUGGCAUGUUGAGAGAGAUGCGCUACGCCUCUGGCUCCUCCUGCGUCGGUAUGCGUCUUAAUGCUGCUAGAAUGGCCAAACUGUAAAAGAACCCAAUAUCUCCAAGUGUGACCCCUUUGGUGAUUUGACUUUUGACCUCAGCACACAGCUGUAUGUGUUCAUUUCUGUCUAAUGUUAAAUGAGAAGCUAAGGGAUCUAAAAGCUAGUCUGAGGCAAAGAUGCUGAGUUUCCUCAGGGUUUUUACAGUUUAGACACAACACAGUUGUAAUGAAAUGUGUGCAUGUAAUUUGAGUCUCUUUAAUGCCAGACAGAUUUCUGAAUAUUUGAGCAAGAACAGGUGUAUGUCUGUAUUGUUAAUAAUAUACUCAAAAUAGGUUCUCUACAUCAAUAACACUAGAUAAUAAACUGUAUGUGCAAUUUUUUGUAAAAUAAAGAUUUUUAAACUAUA